AUGGGUAACCUCUCGGAUAGAGUCAUGAACAUGAAGUUCAUGCGGAAAUCAGAUGCUGAUAAAGAAGACAUUAACAAAGAAGAACAACAGAAGAAAAUCCAAGAUAUGUCUGAAUGGGUAUUACCGAAUUCUACUACGCUUAUAGCCAAAAAUCAGUCUUCAAAUGUUGUCCAAUCUAUAGGUUACGCUAGUAUAAAUUCUCUUUCGAUGGACGAGAAAGAUGAGCAAGCUAAUGAUACGCCAAUGCCGGCGAAUGUGGGAAGAAAAACUUGGGGAGAGCCAGUACCAAAAAAGAGUGAAGAAACAGAACUAGAGAUAACGAAAUUAAAAGAUUCUAUACCCAAGAAAAAGGUGUGUAUUUUUCUAGAAGCGUUCUAAGGUGAUAGCAUGUUACUAACAAUUUACAGGGAAGAAAUCCGAAGAAAGGUGACGGCAAAGGUGGAGAACAGAGCAAUGAGCCUGAACAGGAACCAGAAUUGGACACUAAAGAUUUCUUGGAGUCUCUAUGGAAGAAGAAUAAUACGCCUACAGAUAAAGGAUCUAAGAAAAGGAAGACCGACAAAAAGGAUGAUUAUGUUCCAGAUAUUAAGAAUAAACGGAAAAGAUUCACUAAUGUAUAA